AUGAUGUACAGUGAGCAGACAGAACUACACAGCAAGACAUUAAAGAAUGAUAAUCUUCAGGCUUUGGAAGAUGUUACGAGAGGUGGUACUCCCUUUGCAAUUGUGAUAACUCAGCAGCAUCAAGUGCAUCGCUCUUGCACAGUUAACAUCUUAUUUGGCACACCUCAAGAACAUCGAAACAUGCCACUGGCUGAUGCCAUGGUGCUUGUGGCUAGGAACCAUGAACAGUUUAAAUCUGAAGCUCGAGACAAAGAGAGGGAGGAUAUUGCACGUCAAGCAACAAAGAUGUCUACAGAUGCUCUUCUGAGAGAGCGUGCGCCACCUAUGGAUGAAGGUUUGAGAGGAACUCAUCCUCCAACUAUACAGCCCUUGCUGGCACUGCUUGCAGAUAAUAGAUAUGUUACUCCUGAAGAGAUGGACAAGGUCAUCCUUUACCUUCGUGACCGCAAGGAUAGAUUGUUGUCUGCAGAUCCAUUGUCGUCCCAGCUCUCAAGGCCACAGAUGGGAUCAUCUCAAGUGACUUCCAUGGACAGUCAAUCUGGUCUCACAAAUAAUAAAGUCAUGCAGAUGAGUCAGCAGAUGAGUCAGCCAAUGAGUUCUGCUCCCCAAGCACAACAGUCUUUAAGCAACCCUCAGCAGGAGCUUCAGGCAAAAAUACUCAGUCUUUUCAACAGCGGCUCUCAAGCUAACAUCAACCCAGCUGGCCCUGUAGGUGCUUCUGUAGCUGCUCCAAACCAGGGCUAUGGGAAUGUUGGCAAUUCUCAACUGCGUCCCGGGCAAAUGAAUACAUCACCUCUUGGCCAAGUGCAGAGAAAUCAGCCAGCCAUGAACCAGCAUCCUAAUGUCAUGGGUGUUGGGGUACCUAUAAGAAAUACCAUUCCUCGACCUGGUGGUCCUUUACCAUCACAAGCUGUUUACGGGCAACUCCAGAACCAUGCCCAGGUACCUGUUAAUGUACAGGGCCAAAGGCCAGCUGGUUCUGCAGGUAUAAACUUUGAUAACCCUAGUGUCCAAAAGGCAUUGAAUACACUGAUCCAGAGUGGUCCUGCUCUUUCUCACCUAGUGAAUCAGACCGCAGGCCAAGGAGGCCGUGGUGGGCUUCCACCUCAGCCUUCAAUGGGAUCUUAUCAGCGUCACUAUUAGUGCAAUGUGAUAGAUCUUCUAACCACUGCAUUGUCCACCUCAAGAUCCAUGUUUUGUUUUUGUUUUUUCACAAAGCUUCUCCAGGAUGUGCUUAUAGAGAAAUGGGACUUUUAGUUAGUAACUGAACGUUAAUAUUUUGACCAACUCUUGUGCAAUGAAGCAUAUUUUUUAUUUUUUUUAACCCUUUCCUUGGCUAUGGAGAGCACUGCAUGUGUGUAGCUUUUUUGUGCAAAGGUUUACUAGUUUAAGCAUUUUCUUGUACAUUUAAUUCUUACAUCAAAAUGUGUUCUGCAGCAAAUUUUUAAAUAAACCUUUAAAUGCUAAAGAA